UCAACCCCACUUCGCCCUACCGAGUACCAGACGGCAGACCGCCUCCAAACUCCAAAGUCCGAACAAUUGACAACAUUCCGAACGGGAAUAAUAAAAAGUAAAGAAAAAAUGCUCUUUCGAAAAGUAAAUUUAUUCCCGUAAUGGGAUUUUUAUUCUUUUCUAAAUUAAUCGACGAAAUGGGCGACGGAGCGAACGAAGAUUACCAGUCGGAUGAAGACAUUUUCUUGUCACCCAGGAAGAAAUCGUUGAGAAAACUGUUGCCGCAUUGUUCUCCGCAGCAACGGCAUGAUGGCAUAAUGAAAAAAAGAGUAGAUACUAUGCGGGCGAUGAUGGUCGGAAUACCGCCGCCACCUGAGAUGACCAAUCCCGACUAUAAUCUGCUCAACAUACUCGAACGUUACGAGUCCGGACUGGAACAAUAUAAAUGGAAUCAAAAUCCUAAUUUCAAGGAGGAAGGAGAGAACCCUCUCGGAAUCUGCCUCAACCAAGAUCAGUCUUGUGAGGAAAUGGAACAACUUUUCCAAUUGUUCGGAUCUCGUUAUAUUUUCAAUGAGACGUACUGCUGGACGGGGCGAGUUGUCGUGAACAUGACGGAAUCGGCCAAGAAGCGUAAAAGAACGAAUGGAUGGUCAGCUAGUCCAAAGACGAGGCUGAGCUACCUGUCAAAACGCAGGACUACUUUUAGGGUAGUUUCACCUCGAAAAACUUUUAUGUUUGUCAAAGAAGAUAAAAAAGGAAGCAAUCCAGUUCUUCUACGUCCAAAAAGAGCUUUAUUCCAAAGUCCAGAAGAAAAAAGCACUAAUUACAAAACACCAGAAUGUGGUCGUAGUAGGCCUAGAGUAGUAGGAGGAGGGAGACAGGGGUCUCCGCUCAAACGUCUCACACCGUCUACUUCUUCAGAGAAGAGACGCUGCUCACGCAGCUUGUUUACAAAUAACGAAGAGGAAAAGGGAGGAAGUCUGUCAAAGGCACACAAACAAAAACUUCUUUGGGCCGUGUCAAACGCCCUCAGAGAACGCGGCCUCAUUUCAAAAAGUGACGGUUUCAAGGCGGCAGCGACAGAACUGUACAAAAUCACGCAAGAAGCCUGGAUAUCUCGGAAAGAAAAAGGGCGAUGCGGUUCGACAAGUGAACUCAUGUUGAAUAUAGCUCGCAGCAUGGCAGAGAGUCAAGGUCUGGGAAGUAAAGCGGUUAAAAGUGAACCUGACGCUUCAGUGUCUCCAGCCAAAGAAAACGAGAGCCCGAAUAAAAAACGGAAGAGAGAGACGCCGAAGAAAACACCAAAGAAAACUCCAAAAAAAUCUCCUAGGAAAGAAACACCCCGAAAAACACCAAUAAAAACGCCAUUGAAGCCUUCCUCUCGUACUCCUAAGAAAAUUAUGAGUUUACAAUCCUUGGCAGACAGCCCAGUGAGGAAAAAACCGAGAACAAGAAUGGAUUCACCUAGCUGAUAGCAGGUGUAUAUAUAAAAUAAUAUAUCAAUCCUAUUUUGUAAAAUAUUUAAAAUAAAGAUUUAUAUUUUAAGUACA